UGGCGGGCGGCAAGUACGCGGGGGCGCUGUGGUGCUGGGUGGAGUGCCGUUGAAGUAGAGUGCUACUCGCGAGGUUGGUGGUUGAGUGGGACGGGUUUCUGUGUGCCAGUGAGAUGCCAUGACCGGAGAAGUGAAUGUGAUAAUCUGAAGUCUCGUGUGGACUUAAUGGAAACAGAGAACGCCGCCGCAACAUGGCUGCGACUCAGGCUCAGACUGACGGCCCACCGCAAAUCCACGCAAAUUCAAACAAUGUAAGCGAAAAAGAAUCCAUGGUACCGGCCUACACGAAUGGUAGCGAUGACUCUGGGAUAGGCUCAUCUUCAAAUGAGAGCUUUACGCCCGGUAAAUCGGUCACACCCCCUUCAAACCCAAUCUCCACAGUUCCUCUGCCUGGAAUGGUGGGCCAGCGGCCUCCAUUCAUGGGUAGUGGCUACCCAGGCAUGCCCCAGCACCAUCCAGGGUAUGGUGCGGCACCUCAUCACUACCCCAUGGUGGCUGGCGUGCGCCCAAACCACCUGUACCCACCAUCACAGCCCUACGGACCCGGUCGUGGCUUCCCUGGUGGCCAAUGGGACCCCCAGCAGCAGCAGCAACAACCACAGCAGCACCACCACCAGCAACAACAGCAGCAACAGCAGCAGCAACAGCAACAGCAACAGCAACAGCAACAGCAACAGCAGCAGCAGCUGCAGCAGUCGGCACCUUCUGCCGGAUAUCCGGCAACCAGCCGACCAAAGCAGCCUCCGACACCAACCCGGCCGGCCUCAGCCAGCGGCUCGGAGGUGGGCGCGAGCGACGCGCCAGGCGGUGACUCCGGGCCCGGCUCGAGCGGCCAGGGGCCGCGGCCGCCGCCAUCGCCCACCAGCUCGGCCGGCUCGCGCUCCAUGUCACCGGCCGUAGGUCAGCCGAACAUUCCGAUGCCGCCGCGUCCGCCGAGCUCACAGGAGGCCCUGCCGCCGCGGCUGGCGCACUCGCCGCACCAGUACGGCCCGCCGCCGCCGCACGCGCAGUACCCGCCGGCCGGCGCGUACCCGCCGCGGCCGGACGCCGGGCCGCAGCACGCCGCCAUGUACAACAACCACGCCAUGUACGCCGGCCAGUACGGCCGGCCCAUGGCCGGGCAGCCGCCGCCCGGACACUACCCGUACCAGGGACAGUACGGUCAGCAGCACUGGGCGACGGGCGGCCACCCGCAGCCGGGCGGCCCGGUACCGGCCGGCGCGCCCGGCGCCAAGCCGCUGCACAUGGGCGGCCCCAUGGCGGCGGGCGCCACGGCGCCGCGGCCGCCGCACUACCUUCGCCACCACCUGCAGCAGAAGAUGCAGUACGGCGCGAACGGACCGAGCGGCGUGCCGGCGCCGGCCGCCAGCCAGCCGUCGUCGAUGCCGCCGCCAGCGUCGAUGCCGAGCGCCGCGCCGCCGCGGCCGGCCUCACAGAACAGCGAUGGCUCUCAGCACUCGCAGUCGGCCGGCGCCGCCGAGCUGGCUGCCUUCAACAGCCACGGCCCGCUGCCGCCGAUCGGGCCCGACGGCGUGCCCAUCGACGACGCCUCCCAGCACAGCACGCUCUCCAACACGUCGGCCAACUCGGAGGAGCGGGCUCGCUCGCCGAAGCCGCGCAAGGACAACUCGAACAGCCACCCGCCGACGCCCAUCUCGGGCAUGGCGUCUCCGGGCGCCGCCAGCCUCACCUCCGCGCACGACGACGCCGAGAACAGCAUGCCCAGCCCGGGCCCGGCCUGGCCGCGCUCGCCCGUCUCGGUCUAUAAUCCAAUGCCUUCGAGAGAUGCCUACCCGGUGUCGAAGAAGGCGGAGAGUCUCAACCGUCUGUUCGAGAUCGACGAGGCGCCGGGCCGGCGCGAGUGGGUGAGCCGCCUGCUGGCUUUCAUGGAGGAGCGAGGCUCGCCCAUCGUGCAGUGUCCGACCGUCUCCAAGCAGCCGCUGGACCUCUUCAAGCUGUACCAGCUCACCAAGGAGCGCGGUGGCUUCGUCGAGGUGACGAAGAACAAGACGUGGAAGGAGAUCGCGGUGCUAAUGGGCAUCGGCGGCUCGUCCAGCGGCGCCUACACGCUGCGGAAGCACUACAUGAAGAACCUCAUCUUCUUCGAGUGCCACUUCGACCGCGGCGGCCUGGAUCCGGCGCCCAUCCUGGCCAAAUACGAAACCAAGAGCAGCAAGAAGACCAAGGGUGCCGCUUCGCCCGGGCCGCAGGACUCGUUCUCCAACUCGGGCUCGAUGGACGGCUUUCCGAGCGGCUACCCGGGCUACCCCGGCGGCGACUACAGCAACGGCCCGAGCCAGCCGCCGCCUCAGGGUGUAAACGACAGAGUCAAUGUAUCGAAUCCGUUCGAGGAUAUCCACUACGAUAGCGUGUACGGUGGCUACGCGCCCAGCUACAGCAACAGCUACCCCGGCCACGGCUACCCGCCGCAACCGGGCUACGGCCACUACCCGCCGGGCCAGCCGCCGAGCGGAGCUCCAGGUCAGGAAUACCCACCCCCGCCGCCGCCACCGCCACCCCCGCCGCACAUGACGCCGUCGAAAGGCGGCUACAUGCCGGCGCCCACCCUCGCCAAGCAGCUGGCGGCUCCGGCCAUGGUGCCGCCCUCGUCACCCAUGAACCACAGUCGCCUCGGCAUUCCGUACGGACCGUCGCAGCACGGCGCUGCGCCGGGCAUGGCGGCAGCCUACCGGGGCAGCGCCGCCGCCGCCGCUGCCGCCGCCGCCGCCGCCGCCGCGGCGCCCCGCCUCCCCAUGCGGCCGCCCUACGGCAAGGACAGCAAGCCUUAUACGGCUAUGAAGCCUGGACUGCCGCUGGCCGGCCAGGGCUACUCGAAACACAGUUUCCCGCCGGACAGCGUGGAGGCGACUCCGCCGGUGCUGGCCAAGCGGCGCCGCGCGCUGCGCUCGGAUGUGUGUCCUUUGGACGGCUGGCGGCUGGCCAUGGCGCUGCGCUCGGGCCAGCUGGCCGAGAGCCGCUGGGCGCUGGACGUGCUACAGAUCCUGACGUUCGACGACACGUCGGUGGUGUGGUGCGGCCUGGCGCACAUGCCCGGCCUGCUGGCGGCGCUGCUGCACCAUUUCCGCCAGACGCUGUCCGCCAUGUUCGCGCGCCGCGCCGCGGCCGCCUCCGUCGCCUGGUACGAGGGCUGCGAGGCGACCGGCGCCGGCGCGCCGCCCGACGCCGAGCCGGACCUGGGCGCCUGCCGGCCGGCCGACGCCCAGCCGGAGGAGCGGCACGCGCUGCUCACCGGCGCCGGCUACACGCGCACGACGCGCCGUGGCCAGCCGGUGAUGCUGGACGAGUGCGACGACGCCAUCCUGGUGUCGGACCGCGUCAAGGCCUGGGAGGUGGACGCGCUGAACGCCGACUGCGCCUGGAGCCACGUCGAGACGCACGUCAAAGUGGAGACGGGCCGCAUCCCGUUCGUGCGCCGGCUGCGUGACGGCAAGGUGGCGACGAGUGCGGACGCGGACGAGGUCAAGGCCAAAGCCGAGCCGGGCGGCGAAGCCGAGCCGACACAGACCAACGGCGAGGUGAUACGGGGCUUCUCGGCGCUGGACUUCUUCCUCGCCCGGCUGCGCAAGGACGCCAGGGCGGCGAGAGAGGACACAACCGACUGUGAUGCGAGUGCGAAAGGGGACGUUGCGGGGAAGGGGGGCGUGACGUGCGCGGUGAAGCCGGAGCCGGCCGAGGCGGCGGCCUCGCCCCCGCCCCCGCUGGUCAACGGCGACGCCUCGCCCGAGGCGCGCGACGAGAAGCCGGCGGCGCGCCUGCUCAUCCGCGACCCGGCCGGAACGCUGAAGCGGCGGCGGCCCGACGAGGAGGCCGAGUGCUACCAGCGCGACGAGUCGAGCCUGUACCUGACGUCCGUCACGCAGGAGAACAUUGCGCACCGCUGCGUGGCCAUCAGCACAAUCCUGCGCAACCUCUCGUUUGUGCCGGGCAACGAGUCGGAGCUGAUCGGCGAGCCGCUGCUCUCGCUGCUCGGCGACCUCGUGCAGCUGCACCACCGCCACCCGGCGCGCGCCGCCAAGCACAAAAACUACGACCGCGACGAGGACGCCGACUUCCAGGGCGCGUGCACGGCGCUCAACAGCGACGAGUGGUGGGCCGAGUACCUGCCCGUGCUGCACGAGAACGCGCUGGUCACGCUGACCAACAUCAGCGGCCAGCUGCAGCUGAGCGGCUACGACGAACCGGUGGUGCGACCGCUGCUCUCCGGCCUGCUGCACUGGCUCCAAUGCCCCGCCUCGUACGCCAACGACCCGUUCUCGUCGUGCGGCGGCUCGCCGUCGCUGCUGGUCUCGCCGCAGCGGCUGGCGCUCGAGGCGCUCUGCCGGCUCUGCAUCAGCCCCGACAACGUCGACCUGAUGCUGGCCACGCCGCCGUUCGCGCGGCUCGAGCGCAUCUGCGAGCUGCUGGCCCAGUGGGUGGGCCGUGCCGAGGACCAGGUCAAGCGCGAGAUGACGCUCAACCUGCUGUACUAUUUCACGGCCGCCGACGAGCGCGUGGCGCGACUCGUGGCCAUGCAGAACAACUUUGUGCCGACGCUGGUGCGCUUCGUGGAGACGGCAGAGCACAACGCCAUGAACGUGGCGAGUACGCAGGGCGUGAAUGCGCUGCGUGACAAUCCGGACCUGAUGGGCACCAGCCUGGACAUGCUGGGCCGCGCUGCCAACAUCCUGCUCAGCUUGGCGCGCGUGCCCGACAACCGGGCCGUGCUGCUGGCGCGCGAGCAGCAGCUGCUGGCGCUGGUGAUGUCGCAGAUCCUCGACCAGCGCGUGGCGUCCGUGCUCUCGCAAGUACUGUUCAAAAUAUCGCGGCCCGAAGCCACCGACGGUGACUCGUAGCACGUGCUGGACGCGGCUGGCUCGCUAUGUGAUGUGUGAAUGCGCUCGUGCCCGUGCGUGGAUGUCUGUUUUGUAAAUACGCGACUGGAUAGUUGCUAUUUUAACUGUACAGAGGCGGCAAUCUGUAAAAGUCGGGCGGCCAGCGGGCCACGGCUAUCGUAAUUCAUUUAUACAGUUCGUUAUAACCAUCAUUUACAUGUCCAGAGAUCGGUUCGUGAAUGUAUGCUGUCGGUUUCAUGAAUAAAUGUAUAUCAGUUUAU